UUAUGCAAAGAUGUAUCAAAUAAUACCCCAUUGCUAAAGCUAGCAUCUGUAUUUCCUGUUUUCACUUUUUCGCCUUUGACUUGAUAUGAGGAACUAACUUUCUCAGGUGAGGAUUCCAAGUUUCUGAUACUUGAGAAAGAAAACUUUGUGUGGAAAUUUAUUCUGAAUUAAAAAGAAGAGCUGAAGAAAGACAAGAUCCGGAGCUGUUGUUUGCAAUUGGGGUUUGUUGACGCACGGAGACAAGUUUUAUCCUGCCAACCUUGAAGCAAACAAAGAGUACAGUUGUUAAAGGUGAGAGUUCACAUUGAAAUGGAGCAGUGUUGAGAAGCAACUAAAUACAUGUAGGCCUAUCAAAAUAGGUUCUCAGGGCAAUGACUGCCUCACAUUUUCCACAUCUUCAAUGGUUAAUCACAUUUUACCUCACCAUUGGCCUGACAGAAUGCAUCUCACCCAAAAAGCAGUCGUGUGUGGUGCAAGAACGUCACGCAGACUGCAGCCACAUGAGCCUCAGUGAGAUUCCUCAGAAUUUGCCCCAAAACAUCUCCAGCCUGGACAUGUCACACAACCGGCUAGUGCGGAUCGACCAUCAGUGGCUCACUCCUUACCCUGAGCUAACGCGCUUAGAUGCUGGUUACAACAGCAUCAGCAAACUGGAUGAGAAGAUGUGUCAAAUGGUGCCUCUUCUUCAAACUCUCAACCUAGAGAAGAACGAAAUAUUCGAACCAAAGACGCAAGAUCUCAGUCGCUGUAUAAACCUGGUGUGGCUCAACAUGGCAAGCAACAGGCUGACAUUAAAGCAAGAGCCUUUUGCAGGACUACAGACCUUAAAAUUUCUGGAUGUUUCCAAAAACAACUUGAAGUCUGCUGAGCUCAGUAUAAAGCCAGAGGUUCUAAGUCUGAUAUAUCUGGGCCUAAACAACAAUGACAUCAAGAUUCUGAAGACUGGUGACUUUAACUUCCUCAGGCAAUCAUCAUUACUAGUGCUCAACUUCUCCUCUGUACCACUGACAACAGUGGAACCUGGAAGCUUCAAAAACAUUGCAAGUCUCCGUACACUUGUAUUAGAUGGCAGCAAAAUUGGAACUCCAGUUCUUUCAAAAAUCUGCAUCGAGCUUUCAGGGUCUGACAUUGAAGCUCUUUCUCUCAGAAAGAUGAACCUACUCUCCCUUACCAAUACAACAUUCACAGGGCUGAUAAAUACCAGUAUAAGCAGUAUAGAUUUAUCUGACAAUCAAGUGAAUAAAAUAGAAGUUGGUUCCUUUUUGGGGCUACACAAACUUCAAUCUCUAAUUAUGACUGACAACAAGAUUAAGCAACUAAAAAAUGGCACAUUUGAAGGACUUCAGAGUUUGAAGAUGCUGAAUUUGACCCGAGCUUUUGACUCCAAAGUUUCCUCUCAGCAAGUUAUAGAGAACUUUGCCUUCCAGCAUUUGGGUGCUGUACAGACUCUAAUAUUGCAAGGAUCUACCAUUGGUAAAAUCACAGAGGAUACCUUCAGUGGUCUCACAAGUUUAAAAGAUCUAGAUUUAAGUUGGACAAAAACUUCCUCAGAUAAAAUCAUAACUAAUCUGACAUUUGCCUCACUUAAGGCAUCUCCUCUUAGGAAGUUAAACCUUAGAGGAACUGCUCUCAGAAAAAUUCAUCCUGGAGCGUUCACAUUUUUUACCAAUCUCUCACAGUUAUAUCUAGAACACAAUUUCAUUCAGCAAACUUUCACUGGUGAAGAAUUUGUAGGACUUCGACAACUUGAAGAACUAUACUUGUUUAAAAAUAAUCAAAUUACUUUGACUUCAACUUCCUUCCUGCAUGUUCCAAACCUUAAGAUACUAAUGCUAGCUCAAAGUCUUAUUGGCACAACCUUAAACAUGGAACCUUCUCCAUUCAAGCCUCUGUCCAAACUAACUAUUCUUGAUCUAAGCAACAAUAACAUGGCAAACAUUCGGGAAACAUUGUUAGAAGGGCUGGUCAACUUGAAAGAACUUUACCUCCAACAUAACAACUUCGCCCGCUUGUGGAAGAGCGCAAAUGUUGGUGGACCGGUAAUGUUUCUUAAAUACACACCGAAUCUUGUAACACUUCAAAUGGACAGCAAUGGUUUUGAUGAGAUUCCUGAAAACGGCCUGAAAGGACUGUUCAACCUUACUCGAUUAAGUCUUGCUAGUAAUCUCCUAAAUAGCCUGAAAGAUGGUGUUUUUGAUGAUCUGCGUUCAUUGCAAGAAUUAAAACUGCAAAAGAACCUGAUAACUUCGGUGAGGCCUCAGGUAUUCUGGACUCCAUUGACCAACUUGACGUUACUAGUCAUGGACAAGAAUCCAUUUGACUGUACAUGUGACAGCAUCAUGUGGUUUGUGAACUGGCUCAAUACCACCAGUGCCAAUGUACCAGAUCUUCAACAAGAGUACAUUUGCAAUACGCCACUAUCCUACUUCAACAAGACCAUCAUGAAGUUUGAUAUUUUGUCUUGCAAGGACAUGACCCCAUUCCAGAGUCUCUACAUCUUAAGCAGCACCAUUGUCAUCCUGCUGAUGUUUAUCGCUCUUGUGGUGCGAUUCCAAGGAUGGAGGAUUCGGUUCUAUUGGAAUAUUCUAAUCAGUCGCACGUUGGGAUUGAGCGAUGCUAAAGCUGAAGAGGGGCGAUCCUUUGAGUUUGAUGCGUAUGUUAUCCAUGCAGAACAGGAUGCAGGUUGGGUGGAGAGAAGGAUGCUUCCAUUAGAGAAGAAAGCGUGCAGGUUCUGUGUGGAGGAUAGAGAUUCAAUAGCAGGGAUGCCACAGCUCCAGUCAAUUGUGGAUAACAUAAAACGGUCAAGAAAGAUCGUGUUUGUGGUGACAGACAAUCUUCUCAACGAUCGCUGGUGUAGACGGUUCACAGCCCACCACGCCCUGCACCAAGUGAUAGAAGACAGCCGGGAUUCUGUGGUUUUGGUGUUACUCGAGGACGUUCAUGACUACAAACUGUCCCGGACCCUGUUCCUUCGCAGGGGCAUGCUCAGGCCCAGCUGUGUUGUACACUGCCCCCCCCAGAGAGAGAGGGUCCCAGCCUUCCACCAGAACCUGCUUAUUGCUCUGGGCAAGACUAACCACUGGCUGCAAUAACUAUUAACAUUUAAAGGGUAAAGAAUCAUGUUUGCAUCAUUAUUAACAAUUAGCCUAUUUAACAGUUUAUUGUUUUUGCUUUCUGGAAACUCAAAGUUAUGUUUAAAAAAAGCAAUGUGUGAAUUAAAGUAUAAUUGUACUUGUACAACA